GCAAGUGCCACUGACGUUCUACUGGAACGAAAACAAAGGAACGCAUGUCGCAUGCCACUGACGUUUCUGUUGAUCCAACGAUUGCAGUAACUGCAGCUGUUGUUUAUCGCAUUGGUGCCUUGAUUCGAAGUGAUAAUACCGUGGACCAGACUGUUGUUGGUUUCAGUAGUGUCUCGAUCAUUGUGCCUUUGAGUGAAUUUUAAUGAAAUUGGAGGUGAGAAAAUUAUGUGGAAAUUAUUGGAGCCUGGGAGCUCACCAGUCGACUGGUGCGAGGGAAAUUACAGUAUUUCACCGCUUAUAGCUGAGUUUACGAAUACACUCAGUAAUUUCCUAUUUCUACUGCUGCCACCGAUUCUAAUGCACCUAUUCAGGGAUUACGGUAGAUUUGUUAAUCCCGCAAUUCAUGUCAUCUGGGUUCUCCUCAUGGUCGUUGGAUUGAGCAGCGCUUAUUUCCAUGCCACACUCUCGUUAGUAGGACAACUCCUGGAUGAACUUGCGAUCCUCUGGGUCUACAUGGCUGGGUUCUGCAUGUUCUUUCCUCGAAGAUACUUCCCUAUAUUCAUGAACAAUGAUAGGAAGAUAUUUUCUGCCCUUGCUAUGCUGGCUACUGUUAUCGCCACUGGAUUGGCCCUUGUGCAUCCGGCGAUCAAUGCAUUUGCACUCAUGUGCCUGGGGAUACCAGCAUUUGCAUAUAUGUUCAUUGAGCUCAAGAGAACGAAAUCAGCAAGAGUAUAUCGACUAGGUGUUCGUUGUGCUGCUAUUUGGCUCUUAGCAGUUGCCUGUUGGUUGAACGAUCGUUUAUUCUGCGACACAUGGUUGAGCCUGAAUUUCCCAUAUCUUCAUGCACUCUGGCACUUGUUCAUCUUCAUUGCAAGCUACACAGCAACCGUUCUCUUCGCGUACUUCUCAGUCAAACAAGAGAGACCACAGCAACAGCCAAUGCUCAAAUACUGGCCCAGGGACAAUUUCGAGCUUGGAAUACCGUAUGUAACUAUCAGGAGUUACAUGCGUUUGGAUAACAACACGAAUAUCUAGGCGGUGAAUCAUUCUAGGGAUUCAUUCGAUGCGUUCGCAUUGAAAGAAUUGUCAUAUUGUCGUGAGCAUUCAGUAGUUCGAUUUGGGCAGGAUUGCAGGAACAUCGAGGAAUUCUAUCGGAUUUCUAUUGAAAUUUCUAUCCGGUUUUAUGUGGGUAUUUUUUUAAAAGAGAACUGUUCAAUGGUAAAUAUUCGAUGAAAAAAUCAGUGAAAUUCGAUUUUUCUGUACAAUUUAUUCUAUCUAGAUUCUUUCUGUAGAACGUUUUUUUGCUUAUUUUUUUUAAAUUUCCUAUGGAAAAUGUUUCAAUAAAAAAAUUGUAUAGAAAGGCGAAAUAUAACUGACUUUUUCUAUCAAAUAUUUUCUGGAAAACGUGCAGUCAAGCUGUGAAAUUCUUUAACAGAACUAAUAGAAUUUUUUAUAGAAAUUCCUCGGUUCAAAAUUUCGAAGUUUUUUUGUUUGAUUUUAUUAAUGAAAAGAGGAGGAAGAUAGAGUGGGGAGUUGGAAAAUCUAUGUCGCAAAUUUUAAUUUUAAAUUAUUUCUUAUGAUGUAAUAUUAUUCUUAAUAAUUAUUGAAGCUUGAUUAUUUUAGAAAGGUGAAUGCUGCCGAUUUAUUUUCGCUUCUAAACGUGACGUUUAACAAAUAGUGUCUAUUGUAUUACUCUAUUCUGAUGAAAUAAUGAAACAGCCCAGAGAUUUUGUCACAUUGAAUUUAUUUUACUCGUUGCUUCUUGAAAUAUUUUCAGAAAUUUCUAUCAGCUAUUGAUUUUAAUUAGUAUUUAUCUUAGCAAUAUAUUCAGUUACUAUUUUAUUCGUCAUAUUUAAUGACUUUGGAAUUACGAAUUGCUCUUGUUUCACUCGUGGAAACCCUGAAAUUUUAUCAAAAUUUAAAAGAAACGCUUUCUCACUCUCGUUCAACCGUUCGACGCAUCAUCUGUGAUAUUUUAUUACUUAAUUGUCACAAUUGCUUAUUAUCAUUACAUGAAUCAGAAGAAUCCGAGAUUUUCCAUCCUCGGGGGAAAGGAUUUCCUGACGUGACACAAACAUUAAAUAUUGAUGAAUGUUAAUUUAUUCAUUAAAAAAAAACGUUUGUUUUUAUAUUUUAAUACACGAAUAAUACGAAUCGUAAGUAUAGAUUGUAAAUGAGAAUUCAAUAAUUGCGCUGAAUGAACGCCAAGUCUACAAUUGUGAUAAUAAUGAAUUUUACAGAAAAUUGUACAUUAAAAUCAGAGGCACUGAGAGCAGUAUUUAUUGUAAAAAUAAUUGCAGUUGAUGGUUAAUUAUAGAUUUGAUUGAAUAACUGUAUUGAUUAUGAUAAGAGAUUCGAUAUCGACAGCUGUUAUAUUCGAAUAAAAAAUGUUAUCUUGGAUAUUUUAUCAACAAAGCAAACAUUGUUUUUAUUCAUCAUUUGACCCAUUUAUUUAUUUUAUUGAUUCAAAUGGAGAAGUGGGAGACGAUGGCAUCUGCCUGUGAAAGACGAGAUUUGCUAAAUUUUUUGGGAAUGGAGAAAUUUUUGAUGCAAUUUGCCAUUCUCUGUGGAAAGGAUUUCCUAACGUGACGCAAACAUUGAAUAUUCUUUAUUAUUAUUAUCAUUAUUAUUAUUAUUAUUAUUAUUAUUAUUAUUAUUAUUAUUAAUUUAUUUAUCCAUAUAUAGCCGAUUAGGUUUUUUGCGUAACAUUGAAUAUUCAUGAAUGUUAAUUUAUUCUUUAGAAAAAUCAUUUUUAUAUUUUAAUACACGAUUGAUACAAAUCAUAAAUAUAGAUUUGAUUGAAUAUUUGUAUUGAUUAUG